UUUGCACGUACCGAUUAAUAACCCUCCGAAACAAAACAAAAGCAAACGAAAGAAAGAAUAGGGGGAAAAUUUGGGGAUUUUUGUUUUUCUCUCUCUCGAAUCCCUGAUUCUGUGUGAAUUCGUUCGUUCGUCCAUGAAGACGGUGGAAUCAGAUGAAGAAGAUAUCGUCUUCUACGGCACACCGAUCCAAAGAGAAGAAGAUGUAACCAGUAGAAAGAAGAAAUCUGUAGCUGAAGCUGCUGGUCAGUUGCGUGCCGUUGUCCCUUGGAAACAAGAGGUUAGAGAUGAAGAAGGGAGAAGGAGAUUUCAUGGAGCAUUCACUGGAGGUUAUUCUGCUGGGUAUUUUAAUACUGUUGGUUCCAAAGAAGGAUGGGUGCCUCAAACAUUUACAUCAUCUAGGAAGAAAAGAGCUGAAGUUAAACAACAGGAUAUAUCUAAUUUCCUUGACGACGAUGAGAAAGAAGAAAUGAAAAACCGGUCACUGGAAACAUCUAUGCAAUUUGAUACAUUUGGGUCUACUGCUGCUGAAAUUGCUCGAAGACAAGCUGAGAAAGAACAAGAGAACAGACCAUCAGCUAUUCCUGGACUUGUCCCUGACGAGAUUAUUCUUCCAGUUUCAAGUUCUAUUGGUGUAAAGCUACUUCAGAAGAUGGGAUGGCGACAUGGUCGUUCUAUCAAGGAUUCGCGUCCAAAUUCACUGUAUGAUGCACGAAGAGAAGCUAGAAAAGCAUUACUAGCCUUCUCUUCUGGUAAUGCUGAUGCAAAACUUUCUCAGGAUCAGUUUGACUCUGAUAAGGUUGAAUCAGAAGGUGUUACGGAACCUUCCUCUGAGAAUGAUGUGUUUAUUUCUCAUAGCACCCCCGUUUUUGUACUAAAUCCAAAGCAGGAUAUGUAUGGCUUAGGUUUUGAUCCUUUCAAACAUGCUCCUGAGUUCAGAGAGCAGAAAAGGUUACGUGUAUAUGGCAACCAAGAACCAGGAAACAAAGGAGGUAGCUCAAUGAAAGAGCACUUCUUAGCGAAGUCAGGAAAAGUUGCUCCUGGUUUUGGUAUUGGAGCUCUUGAAGAACUCGAUGAUGAAGAUGAGGAUGUCUAUGGCUCUGGUUAUAACUUUCAAGCGACACAUGUUCAAGAAAUUGAAGAGCCUUCGGUUUUGAUGCUGGAAGAUAAGAAAGUGUUGAUGCUGGAAGAUAAGAAAAAGCCUGGCAAAACUGAGCAAGGUGUUCUGGCUGGUUUUAAAUCUGCAUCAACUUCUGAUUACCAGUCGGAAAGGUAUAGUCCUCCAGUUAUUCCAGAUGGUUUUAAGCCCUAUCACAAAUUUCCGGCUCCUCUAGAGAUUGGAAACAAGCAUUCUGGACCUCCUCCUCCUGAGGUUCCUCCUCCAGAGGAAAACAAUCUUAGAGUGUUGAUUGAGGGAUUUGCGAUAUUAGUUGCUCGCUGUGGGAGAUUAUUUGAGGAUCUCUCCAAGGAGAAGAAUAAGCAAAACCAUAUGUUUGCUUUCCUUGAUGGAGGAAAAGGCCAUGAUUAUUAUGCAAGAAAGAUGUGGGAGGAGCAACAAAAGCGUCACGAUGAGACUAAGCGACCUGUGGAUAUAAAGUCAAAUGUGGAGAAGAUGACAGCUGAGGGCCGUGGUAGAAUUCUAGGUGAAAGACCGUUGGAAAGAAGCUCUCAGGAUUCUAGCUCAUCUGUUGUUGCAGAUGCGGUCCAGCUUCAGUUCAAUCUUUCAGAUACAUUUAUGAAGCCUGGAUCUAUCAGUGAGCUUCCUGAAGCUGCAAAGCCUUUCAAUGUAGACCCAGAAAAGCAAAAGAGGUUUGAGCGAUUUCUUAAGGAGAAGUAUCAUGGAGGGCUCCGCACAACAGAGUCUGGUGGAAGUAGUAAAAUGUCGGAAGCUGAUCGUGCUCGUGAGAAGUUAGACUUUGAAGCUGCAGCUGAAGCAAUUCAGAAAGCAGGUCCAAGCAAGUCAGCUGAUGCUUUUUCUAGUCAACAGUUUUGGGCAUCUUUAAAUUCACAAUUUACCUCGGCCGGAGUGGAGGAUGCGAAAAUUUCUCAAGCUGAAGAAGAGAUGAGGCAAAAGCUGUACCCUAGACGUGAAGAGUAUCAGUGGCGGCCUUCAUCUCUUCUCUGUAGACGUUUUGAAAUUACAGAUCCAUACAUUGGAAAGCCACCACCAUUGCCAAGAGCGAAGAGCCGAAUAGAUUCUCUCAUCUUUACAUCAGACGUCACAAAAUCUGAAGAGACAGCUAUUGCAACUCCGGGCUCAUUGUCUGUAUCCCAGUCCAGAGAACCAUUAAUUACUGAACAAUUGAAUGUUGAGGAAACUGCUGUCGACUUAAAGCCUGCUUAUGUUGAAAGGCCCGUAGACCUGUACAAGGGUAUUUUUUCUGAUGAUUCGGAUGAUGAGGGGGAGGGUUCUACUAUCAACCAGGUGGAAGAUAUUGAAAAGAAGACAGAAGUAGCUAACACGACUUUGAAUCGGUUGAUAGCAGGAGAUUUUCUCGAGUCUUUAGGUAAGGAGCUAGGGCUGGAGGUUCCCCAAGAACCAGCUGUAACCACGGUAAAGAAGGUCAGCAGCUUGGCCUCUCAGGGGGGUACCAAUAGCAUAAACAGCAUUGGUGUUAAACGCGCUGCAGUAGAUGGGAAGCCUUCAACACCGCAAAUAACUUUCAGUAAGCCUAUCAGAGAUCAGGAAGCUCCAAAAAGUAAGUCAGUCCAUCCAGAGGUCAUUCAAGGGGGAUCCUCCGAAGGUAAUGAGCUCAAGCACAUCACCCCUGGAGAUUUCGAAAAGUCUAAAAUCCUCUCCAGACGAGAUCGAAGUGGGAAAUCACCAGAGGGUGAAAAAAGUAAAAGAGGCUCAAGACAUCACAGGAAUUACAGUAGUGGUUCAGCUUCAUCAGACGAAGAUGAAAUGAGUAGAAGAAAACGUUCAAGAAGACAUCGCAGUAUGUCAGAUUCUGAUUCAGGUGAUCAUGAAUACCAAAAACGAUUGAGGAAAUCAGAAAAGAGAAGCUCUACUCAUAGAAAGAGCAGUAGUAGUAAAAAACAUAAAUCUUCUCGCCAUGGCUCUGGGAGGGAUGAGUAUUCUGAAGACAGGAAAAGGAGUAGGAAGAUAUAAGCUAGUCAUAGUUGUAAAUACAUUUCGGUUUUAAUUGUUAUGUAAUCUUGUGAAAUUACUACAAGUACUUUUAUCGGAUAAUUGCCAUUGUAUUCUGAAAAGCGAAGGACUGCAAUUAAAAACAGUUUUGAAUUAUUCUUGUCCA